AGUUCGAGGAUACCAUGGACGARCUGCAAGGAGAUAUCGAUGCUUUGGAGAAAGAAAAAGCUGAAAUGAAGAAGCGCUUGGAUGCCUAUUCCAAAAAGACYCUUCUAGCUGACCUUGCUCGGCAUGCUUCAUCUUCUUCUAGCAUCGCAGCUGUCGUUGCAGGUGGUAAAGGUGGUCCAGGAAGCCCGCUGAGGGGGUUACMAGGAACUGGUCAACAGCCAGUACAAGUUGUCAUCAAAGACUCGCCUAUCGUCUUGGCUCAGGUCGAGUCUCUCAAGAUUGCCUUAAAGCACCUUAAAAACACGAACAUCCGCUUGAAGAGCCGACAAUUCAAGGAAAAGUUAGAGGAACUCCCACAAAUCUUUGUACCACCAAAAAUACAACCUCGACCUGAGGUCCAGGAGACACAGGAACCCCAAAGACAUGAAGAGGAAGUACCGAGUUUAGCUUCUGUUGCACGAGAAACUGCAGCCUUACUUGAGAAACUGCAAGUGUUGAGUGCAACACCAAAGGUUGUCGAUGUCUCAAACAGAAAACCAGGUACGGUACCUACCUUGGCAAAGAUGUCACCAUCCAAUCAUUUAAUAGAGAACACUGCAACUUUGAUGCAAUUAAAGCUUCAGAAAGAAGAGGUUCAAGCUAAAGUCCAAAGAUUAAUGGCGGCAGAAUUCAAAGGUGGUCAGUCGUCAGGCUCAUUUUCCUCAUUCCUCUCGCCUACUUUCUCCAAGGUCCUACAUGAGAAGACUGAACCACCUUCUCUUGGUCGAAUCACAAUUCCUGUCACGGCUCAUACCAAACCAAAUCAAUACUCCAUUACUCUAGAACCUGAAGAAUUUAGGAGUCUUCAUACAGUAUUUGUUAGAUAGAACUCUUCUCAAUAGCUAUACAGAUAAUUAACUGGGUAUAGACUGAACUUUCCAUAAAAGUGGCACACAGAACAAAUCAACGUCUUAUUUUCUUUAGAGUCUCGGUGCUUUGCAUUUUCGUCAUUAUCAGCGUUAUAUAUAUUGUUGCCUGAUAAAUGAAAAGCCAAAAUCUCACCAAUGACCUCUAAAAGCGGAUAUGAGAACAACGCCGCAAUUUGACAGAAAUAUCAUGUGCGCGUAGAUGGAGCAAAGGUAAGCGUAGUCAAAAUAAUGGCCUGUUUAGACUAUCGCACUGUUUGGCUCGAAUGAUUUUAAUGGCUUUCCUUAAAUAUUGAAGCGCUGUGAUUGGGUGCUGCUAUUUCACCAGCGCAGCCGCUAUUAGUGUCGUCACGAGACGCUCACUCCCCUACUUAGGUGCGUAAGCGUUGCGUGACGACACUAAUAGCGGCUGCAUAAGAGACUACGUGAUACCUCGUUUGAACACUGAUCAGGGAGGGAAGGGCUACCCGGCGGAGUGUAAACUAUUCCGCGAGAGCAAGAAAAGAGCCAACCCGGCUUUAAAAUUAGGGGGUGUAAAAGUAUUUAAAAUAAAAGAAAUGUUACGGUAAUAUCAAACCAAUAAAUCAAUAGAGAAAACAAACCUGAUGUUUGUUAUCAAA